AGCUCUGAAACUGAAUACAUUUUUAGUUUAUCUAAACAUAUCUAUUAGAGGCAUCAAUCUGAUAAAGGAGGGAGUCAUGUCAGUUGUUAAUUACCAACGAUUCAAGGCUCACUCUGUUUUUGGCCUGGUGGGCUCUGGCCACAGUAUUGCUUUUAUCACUCGACAGUCACAUGUAAGACGUUAUGUUGCAGUAACUGCUUGUCAACUUGUAAUCAUUUGGGAUACAAGAAAACAAUCAAAGGUUGCCACCCUUCAGUGUCCUGAUGUUGAAGGGACAGCACAGGUGCUCAGCUCUCAGCCACCUACAGAUAAUUCGCUCAAUAAUUCCAACAUUGCUGUUGGUUAUUCAUCGGGAGAAGUUGUGGUCUUCAGUAUAAAACAGAAUGCAGCCAUAGAUCCUAUUGUAUUUGCUGGUCAUCGAGGUACAGUUUCUUGCCUUGCAUGGGAGAAGUCAGGCAUGCGGCUGGCCUCAGCAGGUGUUGAUGGAGAAAUAGUUAUCUGGGAUACAAUCUCGGAGCGUGGUAUCAUCAGACUGCGAGGUCACAAAGGAGUUAUCACUCGGGUCCUUUUUCUAACAACUCGAGAUGGUCUUGUGAGCUGCGGCAAGGAUGGCUUUAUUAAGUUUUGGGACAUACCCACUGGGCACUGCUACAGAACACUGGCUCCUCUCACUGCUGAAGUGUGGGAUAUCGCGGUAUUGCGGUCUGACACUCGGCUGGUUGUGGGCGGCAAUGAUGCUGCCCUGCAAGUCUGGGCUUUGAAUUUCAAUGAACAGUCUUCAUUAAGUAACGAAAAGAAAGUUGGUGAUGACAAUGCUGCUGAGCCUGCAGAAAACAACAAACAUUUCUGCCUCGACACUGAAGGAGCUGCGGCGCCCUUGCCCAUCAUUGAAGGCAAGCCUCUACAGCUGCCAACAGACGACGCUAGCAUUCUGUCCGUGGAGAACCUGGGUCACCUGCAGCGCUCUCACGCUGGACGAGUGCAGGGGCUGAGUGCCAGCCCCACUGGUGGGGUGCUGGUGUGCUACGGCAGGCACAGCUCCAUGGACGUCUUCAGUGUCCUCAGUGACGACCAAAUAAAGGAGAGGGUUAGAAAGAGGAUCAAGAGGACGCGCAAGAGGCUCAGGGAGGCGGGUACUGAGGAGACUGAGACGGCCGUGAGCGAGGAACCUCAACUUGCCGAUGAGAUGCGAUCCAUCACCUGCCUUACUGUACACGACAAGUUGUGCGGGGCGAGUGUGGCAGAGGAGGACGGCAAGGCGUACGUCGCAGUGCUGUACUGCAACAACAGCCUGGCUGUGCUGCACUGCAACCUCACCAGCACCGACCAAGUCGACAAUACCGUCUGCCACAUCACUCUCGCGGGUCACAGGGCUGAGGUGCGCGCCCUACAGUUCUCUUCUGUUGGCGACACCAUCGUUACUCUCAGCAACGACUCCCUCAAAACCUGGCACAGGUCUGAUGCGUCAUGCCAAUGCACGGCGACGGUGGCGCUGCCGUGCCUGGUGCGCUGCAUGGCGCUGGCACCCGGCGACCGCCAUGUCGUCCUGGGCGCCGCCUCAGGACACCUGCUGCUCGUCGAGCUCGCCACAGGCUCCGUCAUCGAGGACAUCUCCAGCGCCCACUUCGACGACGAUGGCGGUCCCUGUGACGUCACGGCGCUGUCUCUCACCGCUGACUGCAAAGGCCUUGUGUCCGGGGGGCUCGACAAGACGCUCAGGAUGUGGAGGUUCGAGCUGGUGAGCGACGAGGCAGGAGGCCGCCGUCUCUCCCUGCAGAGCGGCAGCGACUGCGCCGUGAAGCUGCACGACGGCGUCACCGCGCUGCACUGCAGCCCCGACGGCAGACUGCUGGCUGUAGCCACGCUCGAUAAUAAGGAGACGCUCUACUAUGUUGAUACCAUGAAGCUCCAUCAAGAACUGUACGGCAAGUCUCUGCCCAGCACGUGUGUGUGCUUCUGUCAUGAUGGUAGCCUGCUGGUCACCGGCAGCAAAGACUCGGUCAUUAGAUUAUACGGCACCGACUUCGGCGACAUGAGGAGGAUGAUCAAGAACGCACACACGGGAGGAGUGACGGCCGUGAAGUUCCAAGCACAAACUCGCCUCUUCUUCUCGACAGGGCACGACGGCCUGCUCAAUUAUUGGGACGCUGACUCCUUCCAGCGCAUCAUGACGCUCCGUGGCCACGCAGGCAUCUCCAGAUCCCUAUCAAUCGCCCCUAAGGGCAACUGGGUGGUUACGUGCGGACAAGAUUUUUCUCUCCGGCUGUGGGAGCGCACGGAGGAGCUCCUGAACCUGCAGGAGGAACGUGAGGAGGAGCGUCGUCGCCUGGAGGAGCAAGACGUCCCAGAGGACGAGCUGCUGGCGGGGCAGAAGCGUCACGUCGAGGGCGAGACUCCAGACUCCGAGGCCAUCAGGGCGAGCCGCCCCACUGCAAAGACUGAAGAGGCGGUUGACCAAAUUUUGGAGGGCCUGCGGAUGUACCAGACUUAUCUGAACGACCCCGACGCGCCCAAACAUUACCUCAUGAUCACGCACGGCGUCACUGAUCCCAUCGAGUGCUUCUCUGAGAUCCUCAACAAGAUUAAGUCGAGUUUGCUAGAAGAGGCGAUCGUGCAGCUGGAGCUGUCGCAGGUGCUGCGGCUGCUGGUGGUGCUGGCGAGGAUGUGUAAGCGCAACUUGCUAACCGAGGCCAGCGUCCGCGUCGCCGUCAUUGCCGUCCGCACUAACUUGCCGCAGCUCGCCGCCAGCACUCAAGUUCUCCCCUUCCUAUCUGUGCUCUCUAAGCAUAUUGAACUCUACACUAAAAACCUGCAGGACAAGUUAGGCUUCACAUCAGCUGGCCUGCGGCAGUGCAUCGAGAGACAUGAGACUAAGCAUGAGACGCAACUUUUUGCCGAGGCGAUGGACAGGCUCGCCAUGAACAAGAGAAAGAAAAAGAAGAAAGAGGUGGCGACUCGGAGAGCUCUGCUCGCUAUGUCUUGACGUGUAAAUAAAAAUACCUGAACGAGA